CUUGUCAUGGAACAAGCGAGGAAGGAUUGUUCGCUGGAGGGAAGCAACAUCAAGUUGGGUAUCUUUCUGCGACACUCCACCAAAGCUCACAAACACUACGACUUGCUUCUACAGAUCUACUUGCUUCUCUCUCUUGUUGUGUUUAUCUAUCUUUUGCACUAAACUCUACCAUGAUGUCCCUACGAUUCUUGAUCGUCGCUCUCUUGGCGUCCGCCAGCAGUGCCUUUGUCGUCGUCCAGCCCACAGCGGUUGCUACCCCACAAUCCCUGUAUUCCACCAUCGACCACAACAACGACCACCACAACACGGACGAUACAGACGUGUUGGAGGGAGUGGGACCGUUGGCAUUGAAAAUGGCAGGCGUGUUAACCAUCAAGACAGCCAAGGACAUGGUGAAUUAUCCUCCGCAGUUGUUUGACCAAUUGACCCGCAACGUCAGUGGCAAGAACGAAACGAAUCCGGUCGUCAUGCUGGCCAAACUCAUGGGCGUCCUCGUCUUCAAGAUGGCCCACGACGCCGUCUACUUUCCCAUGCUGUGGACGCAACGACUCAACGAAUGCCAAUCGUUGGAGGAAUGUGAUGUCGAGUAAAUGUGACAGACGUAAUGGAGAGACCGCUGAUUACUUCCACAAAAAAACGUUGGAUCAAAUUUUAACCAGCAGCAAGGCAACAAACAAUACAUAGAAACGACAAGAAAGCGCGCUUGUUCGACCCGACGUAAUUCCGACAUUGGCGACAUCCUUUGGAUAUUGUGGUUGCAUGUAUAAAUAAAUAAAUGCAUUUUCUACAGGAGAAAGAGAGGGACGAAUGCCGGCUAUGGAGACGAAUAUCAAUAUACAUCAUCAAGAAAACCAGCUCCGUGGUCCGGCCCCUUUCAAUACCGUACAUCACACAACAAGAAAGUAUGUUACAAACAAAGAACUAGCUUUAGACAAUCAGUUUAUCAU